ACUUCGUCGAAGAUAAAAAAUAUGGAGAGAGUAAAAGUCAAACCAUUCACUAACUAUUUACAUUUUCAAAACUCUUAUCACAAAUUCAUCGUUGUUAAUUUGUCUUUAUUUAUUUGAAGAAUAUAAGAAUGUGAAUCCUGAUGGAGUAUAUUAUACACCAACACAGAGAAUGUAUUUAUAUCAAAAUAUUUCGUGUGUUGACCAAUUCAUAUAGAUGAUCGAAGGUUGUGUACUUUUUGUCUCUUUCACCUUAUCCUACUCACCUCUCUGUCACUCUCUCACACCUGCACGCGCCACACAAAAACAGGAACAACAAAAAAGCUGUGGUUGGAGGAGCAUUUUUCUGCACUGCAGUGUUCCUCAAUGAUUCUUUAACGUUGCAAGUGGCUAUGGCUUUGUGGGGUCACUCAUCGUUUUGUAGCAUCAAAGGUUGCUUUCUUUCCUCAGUGCUGUCGUGAGUAGCACAGAGGUUUCUGCAGAGGGUUUGUUUUAGAUUACAUUAUUGUACCUUGUUUCCUUAAAGAACCAGUUUUUGGGAUGCUUUUGUAAGAAUCUGGGUUACAUUUCUGAAACAAAAAGAUGGUUUUUUUAGGUGGUUGGUAGUAAGAGAAUGUCAAUUGCAAAAUUUUCAUUAAGUAAAUAAGUAAAAGGGUUUUCAAUUUUUUUUUUUUUUUCUUUUGUUAUGGGGUGGAGGUUUUUUUACUUUUAAGCAUUGUAGAGAGAAAUUCAUUGUUGAAGAAGUUGGUUUUGUCUUUUUGGUUUUUUGGAGUAGUUUUUUUGUUUUGGGGUGUGUUUGGAAAGUGCUGUAAAAAUGAGUGAUUCUUCUGUGAAGAAUUUGGCUAUUACGGAUAAGGUUCAAAAACCUGGUGGUUGUGCUGGCAUUUUCUUUCAGCUUAUUGACUGGAAGAAGAGACUUGUUAAGAAAAAGCUCUUCUCCAAGAAACUUCUCACUCCUGCUCGUGCAAAAAAGUUUAGGGGAGAUGAAAAAAUGCCAAAUUCCAAACAUCACUUGAUUGCUAAUGAAAAUAGUGGAGGUUUUCCAAAAGAUGGGAGUUAUGGUGUAGAUGUAGAUCAAAAGAGGGAAAUGCGAGUUCCGAGUUUGGUAGCUCGGUUGAUGGGUCUAGAUUCUAUUCCAGCUUCGCAACGAGAUAAAUCGAAGAAAGCUUUGUGUCCUGAUUAUAGCUGUGGCGAUGAGAAAGGGUGUCUGGGUAAUGAUUGUGAGUUGGAUAGGCAAGGAAAUGAUUUGGAAAUGAGAGUUGUAAAGCAUGAUUCAAGACCUCAGAAGCUUCAGAAAACCGGAGUGUGUGAGAGAAAGGCGGUGACUAGGUUUGGAGCGGAGGCCCUUCAUAUUAGAAGUGUUUUGUCGCGAGCUAAAAAGUAUAACCACAAUAAUCAUCAUCAUCAUCCAAAACUUGCUUCUCCUUUAAAGAGUCCUAGAAUUAGUUCCGGAAAAAGUGCUUCUCGAAGCUCUAGAUUAAUAGGAGCAGCUGCCAAAAUUUUGGAACCCGGAUUGCAGGGGAGUAGAGGUAAAGGCACUCUUAUGUAUCAUGCUUCCGCGUGUCCUCUUAAGACCAGCAUUGUAAUGGAUGAUGCUGGAAAUAAGUCAUCGGUUAUGCAAAAUCAAUCCUGUCACGUUUCCAGCACAUCCAAACCUUUAAUUGGGCAGACUUCUUGCAAAAAUUGUGGUAAUUUGCUUGAUGUAAUUGACUGCAAGGCAGAGGUUAGGGGACCACCCGAUGUUCCUCCACCGCUCGUUUCAGAUGCGAUCACUGCUACCUCGAUGGCAUCAUCAUAUAAGGGAAAGUCAUUCACUCCUUCUCAUGGACAAGAAAGAGAUAUUGUACUACUAAGAAGUCAGGAAAAGUUCUCAUCUCAUGCUGCCGAUGAAGAGGGGAAGAAUUAUUCACAACAGUCGUGGAAUGAACCGACUACCAUAAGAAUGUCAAGGCCCCGCGAAGGUCCGGCUAAAUGGAGUUCAUCAUGCCAGCCAUUAAGGACCCGAGAGGAUGAUGCAUCUUCUUUUACCUAUAAACACAAAACGCAAGAACCAAAUUUAAGUAGUGAAAGCUCUUCAUCUGGAUCUACAACGUGUAGUAUGCAAGUAAAAAGAGUUUCAUCGUGUGCGAGCAGUGCAAGAGGGACUAAAGACUUUGUUGCUUUGAAUAGAAGCGCAAGUGGUAAAACGAGGAUGAGGUCACCUACUAAAGUUGAUAGUUCCAAAUUUGAUUUAGAGAAAAAACCUUGUAAUAGACAGCAUGAGUCCUUGUCUCAUGUAAGGUCAUUAGAGAGGAAAAGGACACCAAAUGUCACACCACUCAAAGGCACAACUCCAGCUAAUUCAGUUGGUUUGAAACAGAGAAAUCUUCGUCAUGAUGCAAUUAGUGGGAAAAGGAGGGACUUUGACUCUUCCUCAUUGAUAGUGUCCAAUGUAAAAAAUAGAGAUGGUCGAGGAGAACCGGUUAAGGUGAGCCACAAUAGGAACAAUGAUGCAGUUUCAUUCACAUUUAGUGCCCCUUUAAAGCAAAAGAUGGGAAUGCUUACGGAGGAGGAAAAGAUAAAUUACAACAAUGAGAGGAAUAAGUACUUCGAAAGACCUUCACCCUUGAAAGUUGAUGGUUUAGGUGCCUUUCUAGAAGAAAAGUUGAAGGAAUUAACUUCUCAACAAAACGACGUACCUCAAAAAUCAAGUGCCGUGAUUCUUCAAGAGCUGAUAUCUGCUCUAAGUUCAGAACAUUUGAUCUGUCACGACGGUCAUAUGCAUAAUGAAGAUGCUGGUUUCCUUUGUGGAGCGAAGCAAGAAAACUUGUUAGGAACCUCUUGCAGUGGUAAUCAUCUCAGCCCUGGAUCUGUUCUGGAAGCUUCGUUUUCUUCUAGUAGUCUUGACGAGAGCUCAGGGCGUGGUUUUCACCCCGAUUCAAUGAAUUUCUCAUAUAGUCAGCCAGAACAAUCGGAGCAUGAUGAUGAACUUCUAGAUUCUGCAGCAUCCUUCAAUAAAGGAAGUAUAAGCAAGAUACUAGCUGUUAUUAUCAACCAAAUUCCUAUGGCAUUGCAAUGUUUAUAUUCUUUCGGGACACAAUUCACUAGAAGCAAUUUCAACAAUAUGAAGGAUGUUCUCUUGAAUGCUGAACUAGUGCUUCAAAUUUCAAAUGAACGCAGUGAGGAAGAAAUACCGCAGCUUCUAAUUCAUCGGUUUCUUCUUAACGAAUUGGACACUAUGACAGAUGAUGCUAUGUGGACUGAUUUUAAUAGUUUUGUCGGUUACGAUGAUUCCAAAUCAAGAACGAUGCUUAAAGGAUUUGUCUCUGAUUGUGUUGUGGAAUAUCUAGAAUCAAAUUGUUGCCAAUAUUUUACCUCUGGUUUCAACGCAUGGACAAAGCUGCCAUUAUGCAUAAAAGCCGAGAAUUUGGUUGAAGAGGUCAAGAGAGAGGUGAAGAAGUGUGCAUGUAUGACCGAGAUGGUACCUGAUGAAAUAAUCGAAUGGGAGAUGAGUCAUUCCCUCGGAAAAUGGGAUGAUUUUGAUAUUGAAGCAUUUGAGGCUGGUGUUGAUAUUGAUGGAUACAUUCUUCAUAAUUUGGUUGAUGAAGUUGUUGUAGACCUUGUAGGUUGCAAGCAUAGUUCUUAUUCCUUUUGAAAUUCGACGCAGCUGAUAAGAUGUUGUUCUGUACUGGUCUGAUAAUCAUGGUGUAUUUUUUGUACAAAUGGGAUUAUGGUAUCUCUUUGAAUUAAUGGACAAAUAAGUAACAUUGCUGCUCUAAUAUUAUUUUGUUA